AUGGAACUCAACCGAGAACAUUUUCGCGCCAUAAUUUAUUACAACUUUCAGAGACAAUUAUCGCAACAAGAAUGCCUUGCUGAAAGAAGAAUCAUCCUCCACCAAGACAAUGCAAGCUCACACAUAGCCCAAAAAACAAGGCAGUAUUUAACGGAAGAAAACGUGGAAUUAUUGGACCAACCUCCAUAUAGUCCCGAUCUAAGUCCUAACGAUUUGUUUACUUUCCCGAAAAUUAAAAACAGACUGCGUGGUCAAAGGUUCCAGUCACCAAAAGAAGCAGUUGACGCAUUCAAAAAUGCCGUUUUGGAUCUGCCAGCAAACGAGUGGAAUAAGUGUUUCGAAAAUUGGUUCGAGCGCAUGCAGAUGUGUAUUAAACUACUUCGAAAAACAAUAAAGUCAUUUAAAACUACCUACCGUGUUGUUUUAUUUCCAUAUGCAAAACUUAAAAGACAUCCCUCGUAUGCAUCCUAA